ACAAAUGGCCGCCUAGGGUAAAAACGUCGUCGUUUGUUCCCACACCUUGCUGCAGCUUCGCACAGCGGAGACCUAAGACCCGAAACGGACAAAUCCCCUGUAAGCAAAGAGGGGGCGAGCGAGACAGAGAGAGCACCACCGCCACCACCACAGCGAAGCGAAGAUGUCGUCGACGCUGCUGGAAGUUACAAGGGCGGGGCACGAGGAGGUGGAGCGGCUGGAGAGGCUAAUAGUGAAAGACCUCCAGAACGAGCCUCCCACCGCCAAGGACCGCCUUUUCCAGAGCCACCGCGUCCGCAACAUGAUUCACCAAAUCUCCUCCACCACUCUCAAGCUCGUCGAGACUUACGAGGACAAGGACAAUGGCAGGAGGGACGAGAUUGCCGCUCUCGGUGGCCAGACCGCCACCGGAACCAAUGUCUUCAGCGCAUUUUAUGACAGAUUGAAAGAGAUUCGGGAGUACCAUAGACGUCAUCCUGCCGCACGUGUAAUCGAUGCAAAUGAAGAGUUUGAGGAGUUACUCAAGGAGGAACCACGGAUUGAAUUCGCUGGGGAGGAAGCCUAUGGGAGGUACCUAGACUUGCAUGAAUUAUACAAUGAUUACAUCAACUCUAAAUUUGGGGAGCCCAUUGAAUAUUCUGCUUAUCUUGAAGUUUUCUCACAACCACAUAAGAUUCCUCGCAAAAUGAAGCUGACAAGGCAGUAUGGAGAGUAUUUGGAGAAACUACUGGAGUAUCUAAUGUAUUUCUUCGAGAGGACUGAGCCUUUGCAAGAUCUUGAUAGAAUAUUUUCAAAGGUAACAGCUGAAUUUGAGGAGCAAUGGGCUAAUGGCAAUGUGCAAGGAUGGGAGAAAGGUCAAGAAAAUGGUCAUGUUUCAGCUCAGCCUAAUGUGAUUGAUCUUGAUUAUUAUAGUACAGCUGAAGAGUUGAUGGAAGUGGGUCCUGAGAGAUUAAAGGAGGCAUUGGCUGCACUAGGACUGAAGACAGGUGGUACCGUUCAGCAACGUGCAGAGAGGCUUUUCCUAACAAAGCAUACACCUCUUGAACAGCUGGACAGGAAACAUUUUGCCAAAGGCUUGCCUAGAUCAGAACAAAAUGGAGCUGCUGCAGCUUUGCAACAAGCUGAGAGUGUGAAAGAAAUUGGCCUGAUGGAAGCCAAGAUUAAAAAACUUUGUGACCUACUUCAUGAGACAAUUGUCCGGACAAAAGAGAACAUUGAGAAGAAACAGGCUCUGACAUAUGAGGAAAUGGAAGCCGAGCGUGAGGAGGAAGAGGAACAAGCUGAUACCGAAAGCGAUGAUGAGGAGCAGCAGAUCUAUAAUCCCCUGAAGUUGCCAAUGGGUUGGGAUGGGAAGCCUAUUCCUUACUGGUUAUAUAAACUUCAUGGUCUUGGUCAGGAAUUCAAAUGUGAGAUAUGCGGGAAUCACAGUUACUGGGGCCGCAGGGCGUAUGAACGCCACUUCAAGGAAUGGCGACAUCAGCAUGGAAUGCGUUGUCUUGGUAUUCCAAACACCAAGAACUUCAAUGAAAUCACAUCAAUAGAGGAGGCAAAGCAACUCUGGGAGAGAAUUCAAGAGCGACAAGGACUGAACAAGUGGCGUCCAGACCUUGAAGAAGAGUAUGAAGACAGAGAGGGCAACAUUUAUAAUAAGAAAACCUAUACCGAUCUUCAGCGCCAGGGAUUAAUUUAAGCAAACAGUUGACGAGAAUCUUCUGUACAAAGUUGUGGCCCCAACUUGAAUCCUGAGGAUUAACUUGGUGACUGAAAUUUCAAGAGGAACACUGCCUGUUUGAUAUACAUGAAUGUUAUCGUUGUAUUACUUGGUUAAGGAACCUGAACUAGGUCAAGUUCAUGGUCGACAAAGAUUCCAAUGUGUCUAGGUCGUGAGCUGUGAUCUUUCUUGCAUGCUCAUUUUUUGCAGUUUAGCAAUCUAGCAUACUCAAAUAUGGCCCAUAAAAACUGUUAAAAAGAGUAAUAUCACAGUUCUCCUUGCAUGCAAUUUGCCAA